AUGGCGUCCUCAAAUUUGAAGCAAGGACAACAUUACCUGGAAUGUGAUAUUUGUCACAAUCCUGUCCACUUUACAUGCAAAAAAUGCGCCGUUAGAUUAUGCAGCGCAUGUGUAGAACCUCACAUGCUUACCCAAUCGAAAAAUGGCCAUGAUAUAGUAAAGUAUAACGCACAAAACAAACUCGAGGGUGGAGAAUGCCUCAUCCACACCCAGCAAAAGUGUAGCGCCUUCUGCAAGACAUGUGACAUGCCUAUUUGUGUCAUAUGUUUAUCAUUCAAGCACAACACACAUGAAACUUACGAUUUAUCUGAGAAAGCCGACACAGUAUCCCAGUUUAUCAUGAAAGAAAAUGAACGGCUUCAGUCCAUGCGAUCGGAAUUGGAGAAAAUUCUUGAACAUAUCGACAAACGAUCGGCGGCACUUCCGUAUGUCUAUAAACAGACAAAAAAUAAUAUUUCAUCCCAUGCUAAAGAAUGGCAUCAGGAGAUUGAUAAAACAAAGAAGGCAAUGUACAAAGACCUUGACCAAAUGCAAGAAAAACAUGCUGAGAUCUUAUUGAGUCAGAAAAGAGAAUUUGAGGAGAUGCUGAAGAAAUUGAAAAACCUAAAACAAACAGUCUUCAGCUUAGCAAAAUCCAAAGAUCUUUUAGGUAUGAUCAACCUUAAGCUUGAACUUGAAAAUCAGCAGGUGCCAACCUUUAUAGAAGAAAUCCGACCAGCAUUUUUUCAACCUUUUAAGUUCAAUGAAAGAUUGUACUUCGGUUUUAUAGAGACGCAAGAAUCGCAAAAACUACCUCUUGGCGAUCUAACACAAAAACAUCAAAUCUCCUCACCACGACAAGCGCUGAAUGUACCUAUAGUCCUGUCCGUCUUCGAUGCAGGGUUUCAAGCCGACCAAUACACCAAUAACCGGCUGUAUGACAUGGUUUCUGUCGAUGAUGACAGAGUGUGGGCAGGAGGAGAGAGAAGUGAGCUCAGGCUGUUUGAUCUCUUGGGACGUCUGCGCGACACUGUUACAAUCACAGAUAAGAGUAUGUACUUGACCCUGCAUGAAGGACAUGUGGUGUACACCGAUAGAAAUGACAAUACCUUAAAUAAGAUUAUAAAUGGCAAAAUUGAUAAGUUGUUCUGUACCGGGGACUGGAAACCUUACGGUAUCACCUGUAACAAGACAGGGGACUUUCUGGUCUGUCUCCGAACAUCAGACUCCAAAGUCGUAAGGUACAACAGUUCCGGUGACGUGCUACAGGAAAUCCAGUACGACUCCCAUUACCAGUCUCUGUUUAAGCUUCCACUUUACGUGGUGGAGAAUGGUAAUGGCGACAUUUGUGUAGCUGACUGGGAUAAAGAAGCCGUCACAGUCGUUGAUAAGUUCGGAAUAUUCAGGUUCUCCUUCACAGGGAACAAAAUAUCCAAGGAGAACUUCAAACCUAGCUCCCUUACCACAGACAGCAUGCAUCACAUCAUCAUCACGGACUUUAAAUACAGCAGGAUUCACAUGCUGGACAGGGACGGCCAAUUCCUUAGGUACAUCACUCCUGACCAGGGGAUACAGAGACCACGCGCCGUGUGUGUCGUUAGGGAGGGAGAGUUAAUGGUGGGGGAGUGUUUAACGGGAAUUAUCAAGAGAAUAAAGUACUUACACUAGGAGGAAGUU